CAGAAUACAUGUACCCGCACAGCAGUCGAAACUGACGAAAGCAAGAAAACUUUCGGCCUUGCAGCAACAACGCUAACCUCCAUGGCUUCAGUUAGAUCGAGUCUUGUCUGUGAUGCUGGUUGUGUUCGCUAGCACGGCACUUCUUCGUAGGCUGAUAUACGUAUACGCAUCGUCUGGUUAUCGCUGAGUUCGACAAGUCCACAAUUCAAGCCAUCUGUGAUUUCUGCUGUGUGACCUGCUGAGGUUUUGAACCGGCAUGGCUGGUGUUGCUCACUCCCCUAAAGUGCUGGUGUUCCAAUGGUCCGCAGCCACUGCACAAUGGGUGCCGAAAGCAGAGAGAAAUCCAUGCACAAUCACCGCUCAGCAACGCUACGUGGAGACCUAUGGAGCGACAACGUUCCUGAUAGCGCGCAACUCCACCACAGGACAGGUUAUCAUUGACGCUCCCGGUUUUAGCCCGUUGGGUGAUUUCCAGCAGUUGCAAGACCCGUCGUUUUGUCAGCUGACCACCAGCAGUGGAGAUCGGGGUGAGGAACUCUUCGGAUUCAAGUUUCAGUCCGCCAGCGAAGCGGAGCUGUUCAUCGACCAGGCAAAGCAUCCCCGACCUAUGCCACCAGCAUCAGCACCAACAGGUGCUGGUCCCACUGGUCAUGUUUCAUCGCCAGAACAACCAUCACCAGGACGACCCAUGAACCAGUCUGGCAAGGUGACAACGCACUUGCUGCCGACACGUGGGGAGCACCAAGACACGAUAUCCAAGACUCAGCCCAGUCUGCCGGUCCAAACGUUCAUGGAGGAGCCGCGUUUCUUUGCUACGGUGGGACGGCAAAACAACCAUCCGGGCAACUGUGGACGCGAGGAUCGCUAUUCAUCUGACGUGUCCGAAGUGACGUUGCCAAGGCAUCAUCAAGAGCAUCAUCCAGAUCAUCAUCAAGCUGAUCACGGCAUGGCAUCGCUUAGAUUAGACGGCAUGCCCGAGGAACAGCUGACGUCAUCAACUGAGAACACUAUUGGAGGUGCCACUGCCGGGCAGCAGAGCGCUCCUGCACUGGAUCAGACCGCUGCUAGUACCGCGGUGCGGGACAACACUGUCCAUGAUGUGCAAUCUUCAGCUGCUGCCGGUCAGCGCCAGCUAUCCAUCGAGGAGCAAGACGGAAUCGAGUUGUGUCAGCGGCUGGAGCUAGCGAUCAACACUGGUAACGUGGAUAUCGGCACGAUCACCCUGCAAGAUCUCAUUGCGCUGCGACUUAAGAUCACCUGUCAUCUGCAGACCAUGCCAUGCACUAGUGCCAGCAAUGAGUCAGGUCGCACUACUACACGUCACACUCAAGGGAGGCAGGAUCAUACAGCUGUUGCUAUGGAUACAGCAGGCACACCGGGCAAUGUCGUAGCAACAGCGAAGCGGUGGUCACAGCCGCCGGAUCACGCCGGUCUCGGCGCCGCGUCACAAAUGUCAGCCGAUCACAGUCAUGCCGAAGAGCUGCCCAUUCGGCGGGAUAUGGAAGACUUAAGUCUAGGUGGCCUGGGCAUGGGAGAGGAUCCUCACGGGCCGCAGCGACCAGGGCAGAUGAGACAUGGUGCAAUGCAGUCAUCAGGGGGUUACCCAGCUUCACACUCACUGGCCGGCCAUGGGCAGCAUCAACAAGACUAUCGUGACGCCAAAGUGAAAUUGAGGGCCAGUCAGCAGCAACAACAGCAGCAUGCAGCAUCACCACAAGAUGAUCAAUCCUACCACCAUGCAGCACCACAGCAUCCACAGGACCAACAGCACCAUCGGCAACAGCAUUUCCGCCAGGAUCAGCCUGGUGGCAUUGCUGCACGGCACCCAAAUGGAAAUCCGCACGCCUCACGGCGUGAUGAGAAUCCCUAUCAACAUAGACAGAUGCAGGAUAAUCAACUACAACAGCAACAGCAGCAGCAGCACGCACAGCCACAUGACAGCCGUCAAUACCGGCCUCAGCUGGAACAGCGGCACCAGCAGCAGCAACACUUAUUGCACAAUGCUCAACAGUAUCCCAAUGCCGCUGGUCAAAUCCGACAACAUCCUCGAGAGUAUGCGGGCGCUGGCGAUGAUCCUCAGUACCAGCAAUAUCAUGGACAAUAUGCUGGCACAUCUGCUACUGGUGCUGGUGGUGCUGCUGCUGGGACUGGCAAUGGUGAUCAUCAACCACUGGCUAAUCAUGGACAGCGGCAGCAGCACCAGCACCAGCAAGUGGCAUAUGGUGGUCAGGGCCUUCCAGGCGCUGCUGCAGGCCGGAAUGCCCGACCCGCACCAACUGCUAGGGAACACGCAGUACAGCGACAGCAACAUGGUCAGGGUGUUGAUCUGGCUGCAGCUCAGCAACAACAACACUUGCUACAAGAAGCAGCUGCGCGUAAAGAAGCGGCAAGGAAGAAAGCGGAAGAAGUGAUUGGCUGGAGUUGUCCAACAUGUACUCUCGUCAAUCCUCCGACCAGACCUGGCUGCUCGGCAUGCUCUGAGCCAAGACCGGAAAACUACAAACCUCCAGACGAUUAUCAGAUGACCGAGGACGAACGGCAAAUCCAGACCAUGGCCAAGCACUCGGAAGAGCAGUACAAGAAAGCCGAGGAAGAGGAGCGUAAGAGACAGCUUGAAGAGAAACACCACAACUACAUGGCACUAUUGCAAACUGACGAAGUCGGUUUGGUGGUCAAUCAUGAACCAUUUGAUUGCUCAAUCUGCUUCGUAGAGGCUGAGGCAGGUGAAGGCGCUAUUCUCAGAGAGUGCCUGCAUACGGUUUGCAAGGAAUGUCUUCGUCAGCACAUUAAAAUCUCCGAAGAUGCCGACGUCAAGUGUCCGUGUGUAGUGGAUGACGUCAAGUGUGACGCUAGCAUCACGGAGAGGGAGAUUCGUGAACUACUGGGUGAGUCCAUACAUCAAUGGUGGGGCCGUGGUAUACGUGUAGCAGAGCAACAAGCUGACAACAGCUAUCACUGCAAGACACCUGAUUGUAUUGGAUGGUGUAUGUAUGAAGAUGACGUUGAGACUUUCAAGUGCGAUGUCUGUCGUCAUGAGAACUGUCUGAUGUGCAAGGCCAUCCACAAGCCCAUGAACUGCAAGGAGUACCAAGAAGACUUGAAGAUCAAAGCGGCUAAUGAUGAGGCUGCACAGGCCACCCAGCAGAUGUUGGAGAACCUGGUGCGUCAGAACGAAGCAAUGCACUGCCCCAAGUGUGACGUCAUCGUGCAGAAAGCGUCCGGCUGUGAUUGGAUGAGAUGCUUGAUGUGCAAGACUGAGUUGUGCUGGGCAACCAAGGGUCCACGCUGGGGUCCUAAUGGCAAUGGUGAUACGAGUGGUGGUUGUGGUUGUCGUGCCAACGGUGGCCGGAAAUGCACCCCAACGUGUGGAAACUGUCACUAAGAGCAGGGACUAGUAGUACAACCGUGCAGCACUCACUGAGAACAGGUGAUGUGGUCAUGCUGCACUGUUGAGGGUAUGUGCUAGUGCUAGUGCUUACCAUACUGUGCUGGUCAUGCUGCACUGUUGACAGUAUGUGCUAGUGCUGGCCAUGCUGUGCUGGUCAUGCUGCACUGUUGAGGAUGUGUGCUAGUGCUAGUCAAUGACUCAUUCUGUGCUGGUCGUGCUGCACUGCUGAGAGUGUGUGCUAGUGCUGGUCAUUCUGUGCUAAUCAUGCUGUGCUGGUUAUGCUGUGCUGUUGAGUUUAGACCAAAACCCACUAGGCUAUUGCUGCUGCUGGUGCUGCUGCUGAAAAUGUGUUUUAUUGAAUGCACAGACCAAUGCUGUCACUGCUGCUACUGCAGUACUGGUGCUGCUCCUGCAGUGCCGGUGAUGAUGAUCUAGCUUGUACAUGCACUUGAUUGUACUUGAUAGUGAAUGUUCAAGCGAGACGUGCAUGACUGCAUUAGUAUUACAUGUAAGACAAUUAUACAAAUUUCCCUCGAAAACACGCCAAAUUUUAUUAGUCAUUCCACCGCACAGCGUUUGCUUAAUUUCCACGACUUUGUUUUACGGCAAAGUUGAUCACGCAAGUAUUAGUUGCUACAUGCAGUAUAGUCCAUGCCUUACUUUUAUUUCAUACUUUCAUUAUUACGAAUAGCGGUAGUGACUUUAGUGAUAAUUUUAUAGGCAAGAGGGGAGCCGCUUGAAGUACUUUCUUUAUCUUAAAGUUCAUACGAUUAUUGAGAUGAAGUCGUUGCUUCUAACCAAAGUCACUUGCUAGCAGUACAGUAGAGUCACGUGUCCAAGAACGUUGUUUCCAAGUUUCCAAGGGUCAAGCCCGGGGCGUUCUUAUUUUUCAGCAAUCGGGCUGUGUUCUUAUAGCACAUUCUUAGAAACAAUUCAUGCUGGAUCAUAUGUAUCCCAAAAGCUGCCGGAAAACCAACACCGCCUUUCUUUUAAAACUUUAGGCUGUGGCGUUCUUGGCAUUUCAGGUUGGACGUUCUUGUGCGUUCUUCAGCGCACGACUCUACUGUAUCUCAUCUUCACUGUUCUCACAAUCAGCUUGCUACAUACUAUGCCAGUACAUCAUGUAUGAGUGUCCAGGGAGAAGACACGGGUGGCUGGA